AUGUCAACUACGUCAACAGCCGAGGUCGUGGACGUGGACAUGGACGCAGACCUGAGAUGCCAAGAGCGCAAAAUUCGCCGCAGAAUAGGAGGAAAGAACCGACUUGUGGAAAAUGUGGGACAAUACACAACCAAUCAGACAGAAGGAAGUGUCCAGCAUAUGGAAAACAAUGCAUACGGUACAUCUGUAGAUCUAGGAUUAAUACAACUGACUUACGCAAUUGACCGAGAGCAUGGCCAGCCAGUUAACAAAGAAUACGUCAUGUCAGAAUAUAGUGACCUAUUCAAGAGCGUAGGUAUACUACCCGGAAAAAGCAAACUGUAUUUACGUGAAGACGCUAUACCGGUAAUAACGCCACCCAGACGCGUACCGGAAGCUUUAAAGUCGCGUUUAAAAGCCGAACUUGAUCAAAUGGUCAAAGACGAAAUCAUAUCGCCAGUUACGGAACCUACCGACUGGGUUCAUCCAAUUGUAGUGGUUGAAAAACCGAACGGAAAGCUACGGAUCUGCCUGGAUCCAAAACCUCUCAAUGACUCGAUACGCAGACCGCACUACGCAAUGUCAACGCUAGAUGAUGUGACCGUUAAACUCACCGGCGCGACACAAUUUAGCCUAUUAGAUUUGACACAUGCAUACUGGAGUGUACAAUUAGACGAAGAAUCUUCUUACCUAACUACAUUCGCAACGCCGUUUCAAAGAUAUCGAUUCUUACGUUUGCCGUAUGGAUGUAAAGCAUCGUCUGACAUUUUUUGUCAGAAGGUCAACGAAAUAUUUGAGGGAUUAUCAGGCAUUCACCCGCUUGUAGACGACAUUUUGAUUUGGGGACGAACCCCUGAGGAACAUGACAAAAACCUAAAUCAAGUCUUGCUACGCGCACGCGAACGCGGGAUAAAAUUCAACGCACAUAAAUGUUCAAUCGGUGUGAAAUCAGUUCCAUUCUUUGGUCACGUGAUCACCGACACUGGACUCAUGGCCGAUCCUAAGAAAAUCGAAGCAAUUACGCAAUUGCAAAGGCCGGAUUGCCGCGAAAAGGUUGAAACACUAUUAGGAUUAGUUAAUUACCUAUCAAAAUUCGCCCCGAACCUAGCAGAGGUUACCGCGCCUAUCAGAAGCCUCCUGAAAAAGGACGUAGAGUUCCUGUGGGACGCCCCACAAGAGCAAGCAUUCUCAAAGGUCAAGGAAAUAAUAACACAGGCCCCAGUGCUAGGUUAUUAUGACCCUAAAAAGCCGCUUGUCGUCGAAACGGAUGCAAGCAAAUAUGGACUAGGUUGUUGUCUCAUGCAAGACGGAAAACCCAUCGCGUACGCAAGUAAGUCAUUAACGCAGACUGAAAUAGGUUACGCUGUCAUAGAAAAGGAACUCUUCGGGAUCUUAUUUGCAUUAAAAAGAUUCCAUCAAUUAACUUAUGGCAGAGAAGUUAUUGUGCACUGCGAUCACAAACCAAUCUCAGCGAUAAUGAAAAAGCCAUUGUCGGCUGCCCCACCGCGCCUUUCUAGAAUGUUACUCGCACUGUCAAAAUACGAGGUAAAUGUUCGCCACGUACCCGGCAAAAACAUACCUGUAAGUGACUGUCUCUCGAGACAAUCAUUACCCGAUACAUUUCCCGGAAUGAUCGACGGUUUGGACUAUCAUGUUCAUACAGUGCAAAAACAAUUACAUGUCACAGACAAACGACUCGAGAUCAUACGCGCCGAAACUGCUAAAGACCCACAAAUGAUAAAAUUGAAACGGGCUAUAAGUCAAGGCUGGUCAAAGAGUAGGUCAAACUGUGAUCCAAGUAUCGUGGAAUUUUUCAAUCAUCGCGAUGAGAUAAGCACAGAGGAUGGUCUGAUAUUUCGAGGUCAUACGCUUGUUAUCCCGAAAUCAAUGCGAAAUGAGCUUGUAGCAAAGGUUCACUCAUCCCACCUGGGAAUUACAAAAACGCUUGAACUAGCGAAAGACUCAUUAUUCUGGCCAGGCAUGUCUAAACAAGUUACUGAUUAUGUAACAAACUGCCCAAUCUGCCUUGCCCACAGGGAUGCGAAUGCUUCGCUACCAUUGAUCACAACUGAAUUCCCAGACAGGCCAUUUCAAAAAAUCGCGACGGAUCUUUUCCAUUUUCAUGGAAAAGAAUACCUAUUGACAAUAGACUACUACAGUAGAUUCUUUGAAGUAGAUUAUCUACCAAACACAAGGUCACAGACAGUAAUUCUAAAAUUACAAAAACACAUGUCGCGAAUGUCAAUUCCCGAUGUAUUGGUAUCAGAUAAUGCUAGCCAGUACACCAGCGCUGAAUUUAAAAACUUCGCGAAAGAGUGGGGUUUCGAACACCGAACCUCAUCUCCAGGUCACCCGCAAAGUAACGGCCUUGCCGAAAAAGGUGUAGGUAUCGCGAAAAAGUUAAUGCAAAAAGCCAAGGACACUAAAUCUAAUCCUUAUUUAGCGUUACUAGAAUAUCGCAAUACUCCGUUGAAAUGCGGAUACACACCAAGUCAAUUAUAA